UCCGAACGGAAGUGUUAUCUAAACUGGCAACUGCUCCGCAUAUCAAUUCUGCGGACUAUACCUCAUUGGAAAUCAUUGCAUUGGGAAGCAACAUCAAAUACUCGCUUAAGGCAGGACCUUUUUACAAGCUCUCGCUGAAAACGCUGAACGCUAUAACAGCAGCUUCAUAUAGCUAUUACAGCUUCCUGCGCAAUGUUAAACUUGAUAAAAUCAAACCUUAAAGGAUCAUAAUCAGGAUCGAAACAUACGAAAUUUAAUGUUAAACACGUUUCGUUAUUCAAAUUACACAAAAAGGAGCAUUUCACGAACUCAUAGAAAAUGUGUUUUGCACUAGAUAAGUAUCAAAACAGCAUUAACAUUUAUUACAAUGUUUCUUUUGUAGCGCAUGUUUGCGGCAAUAACCUAUAAUUUAGUAUAACGUGCUGCAUGCCAAGUAAACAUUUUUCCCACCGUGCACAAAAAUCAAUAUUUUGAGUCACAAUUUCGGCAAAAUGGUAAUUUUUCCAACAGAAACACAAAUAAGUAUCGCAACUGCUGUGCUGCAGCAAUAAACGCAGAGCCCUCCCCUUUUACGACGUCAAAAAUGAUUUAAUUCUUGCCAGAGAAAACGCGUGGGCAUUAUCCAUUCCACAGUCGGAGGAAGUACCAAAAGCAAACAAACAAUUUAGAAUCUCGCAAGCGAAUCUCAUAAGCGCCUGGCGAUAAAUAAUCGCCGGGUGACUCUGCUAGUUCACAGUUUGGUUGCGUCGGUGUCACCAUGAACUUGCUAGUGGUGAUUGUUGUGCAUCUACUUGCGUUAGCAGCCGCCCUGCCAACAUUGCCAGCUGGUUGUCCGUCGAUUGUGUCGAGAGAAGAAUGGGGAGCAAGGUCGUCACGGCAGAUAGCGCGACGAAAUCCUUUGUCUCCUUUCCUGAUGGUGCACCACGGUGGCAUUCGCAGCUAUUGUACCACAAAAGAAGCGUGCUCGCGAAUUAUUCGCUCGUACCAAGAUUUACACAUGGAUGACCGCGGUUGGGAUGACAUUGGCUACAGUUUUCUCAUCGGCGAGGACGGAAACAUUUACGAGGGACGUGGCUGGGACCGCAUCGGGGCGCACGCAAUCAAGUACAACACGAACAGCAUUGGUGUCUGCUUCGUCGGAGAUUUCACAGAUCGAUUACCAGAAGAUGUGGCACUGCAAGCGUUCUACAAGCUAGUGUCAUGCAGCAUUAAAAUGAAUUUUCUGCCCAACAACUACACUUUAUUGGGACAUCGACAGGCAAAGGACACCAUGUGCCCAGGAGAUUCUCUAUUUAAGGAAAUCUCACAGUGGCCAAACUGGAAGAAUGUAACUUCAAAUUAAUGAAUGAUUAUUUUUUGUAUUUUUUUCUCACUUUGGUUGGAACCCUCGUUUUUGGGAUAUUUUCUAAAAAAAUUAAACAAUACAAACACUAGUGCGUGCAGCAUAUUUUACUCUAUUAGUAGAAUUUCAUUCAAUUCUUGUGAUAAUAUUUAAGAACUACUCACUCUACAUAUUACUUUUCCUUUAGUUCUCGAUAUUUUUUUGUUUUUGCUUGGGGGCAUCACAAAUAUAUCACGUUUCAGCGAAA